GAUGUCACAAAGCCAAGGCCCUGGGCAAUCUAGCCAGAGGCUGUCCAGAGCUCCAGCCAGGACCUGCUCCCUGCAUCCGUCUCAAGAGGGCAUGGAGAACUUCUCCCUGCUGACGAUCUCUGGGCCUCGUCUGCCCAGCUGUGCCAUGAAGAGCGAACGUGAGCUGCCAUCCCCCAGGAACACACCCAGCCUGCCAGCUUGUGUCCCCAGCGACAGCCAGAACAGCGAGCCCCUAGGGCGCAACUGCACCAUCUACCGGCCCUGGUUCUCCCCCUACAGCUACUUUGUGUGCAUGGACAAGGUUAGCCAGCGGGAGGCCUGCAGCUUCCCGGACACGCUGGUGGCUGGCGCCAGGGACACCAGCCAGCCUGAUGAGCUCCCGGAGAGCAUCUGCUCCUCCUCCUGCUCCCUGGAGAAGGCUCGCCCCACCGAGAGCACGAGGAGAGCCAGCCCCGGCGUGGAGGCCAGGGACUGCAUCACGUCCCGGGACAUCCUCAUGGCCUCCAAGUGUCAGCCAGCGCCACAGAACGGCUACAAGUGUGUGGCCUGCUGCCGCGUCUUCCCUACCCUGCACUCACUCAAGACGCAUGUUAAGUGUGGCUUCAAGGAGGGCUUUAGCUGCCAGGUGUAUUACCACAGGCUCAAAGUGCUGUGGGAGAAGGAGCGCACGGCCCGGCCCAGCAACCGGCCGGCCUUUGGCAGCUGCAAAACACCCAAGUGACCCAGCCCCCGGCAGACGCGCAGCCCCCAGCAUAUGCCGCCUGGGGGCAGUGCAGUGCUCUACGCUCCCUACGGCAGAACCCAAAUAAAGCAGAUU